AUGGCAAUGGCCAUUGUGUUUGAUAAGUGUGUGGUAGGUGAUGUUUGGCAUUCAGCACAUGCCACCUUCUAUGGAGGAUCUAGUGGAAGUGGAACAAUGCAGGGUGCUUGUGGCUAUGGUGACCUUGUUAAGGAAGGCUAUGGCAUGAACAAUGUGGCGCUCAGCACUGCCCUGUUCAACAAUGGCCUCACCUGCGGUGCUUGCUACGAGAUCCAGUGCGACUCACAACAGGACCCAAAGUGGUGCCAUCCCGGCUCUAUCAUUGUCACUGCAACCAAUUUUUGCCCUCCGAACCCUGCCCUCCCUUCUGACAAGGGGGGUUGGUGUAACCCGCCUCGUGAGCACUUCGAUCUCUCCAUGCCUGCAUUCCUCAGGAUAGGAGAGUAUAUAGCAGGCAUCAUCCCUGUGAGCUAUAGACGUGUUCCCUGCACGAAACAAGGGGGAAUCCGGUUCGAGAUCAGUGGAUUCAAAUAUUGGACACAUGUUCUAGUAUAUAAUGUAGGUGGAGCUGGGGAUGUUAGGGAGGUCGCGAUCAAGGGCUCGAGAGCGAGCAACUGGGAGCCCAUGCAAAGGAAUUGGGGCCAAAUUUGGCAGACCGGGAACGACUACUCUGGACAGAGCCUGUCGUUUCGAGUGACAACAAGUGAUGGAAGAACUGUGAAUUCGAUCGAUGCGGUGCCGGUGAAUUGGCAAUAUGGGCAGACCUUUGAGGGGAAACAAUUUUCUUAG